AUGGCCCUCUCGGACUACCCAAGGGCAGUUCUUACUGCGUGCCUCGCCCUGCUGCCACUCCUGGGAUACAAGAUAUAUCAAGACUACAUCAAAGAUGACAAGAACGCAAUCAAAGCGAAGCAGCUCGGCGACACACUCCGAGCACAGCUUGGACGAGAAUGCCGCUUUCGUCUCGACAACGACACUUCUGCGACAAUAACACUGCCCGACUAUCGCAAACUCGGCUGCGCUGAAUAUGGUCAACCAGAUGGCAAGCCCAUCAUCAUGCUUCACGGCCUACCAGGUUCUCGUCUUGAGAUGGCAUGGCAAGACGAGUAUGCGAAGAAGAUUGGAGCCAGAAUCAUCGGCGUAGACCGACCUGGAGUUGGCUGGAGCUCACCACAUCCCGGCCGUACGCAUCUGAGCUUUGCGCAAGAUAUCAAAUGUCUCACCGAUGCCCUGCAGCUGGACCAGUACGCGGUCAUCGGAACAUCAGGCGGUGGACCUUAUGUUAUGGCUUGUGCAGCAUAUCUUCCAGCCAACAGGCUCAAGGCCAUAGCCAAUGUCACGGGCAUGGGCGACAUACAGAGAUACAAAUCCACGGGUAUGGGCUGGCCGAACUGGCUUGGCUACAGAUACAUCAUUCACUGGGCGCCUUGGUUCUUCCGUUGGCACUCUUCCCGAUACCUUUGGCCAAAAGACCGUUUGCAUCUCAGCGAGGAAGAAAAGCUCAGAAAAUGGAUUGAUGAGAUCGCGACCCCCAGCGCCAACCCGAAAGACUUGGAUGCCUGGGCAGCUUCAGCUGGUGUUGACCUUUUGCGCCUUGCCAUGACUGCUGGUCAGGAGUAUUUCCAAGAUGGCUUUGAUACGCUGAUACAAGAUGCCACCCUGCUUGGGUCGAAGUGGGACUUUCGAGUUGAGGACAUCCGACCAGAUCUGCCGAUGCAUCUGUGGUUUGGCAAGCAGGAUAAAAAUGUCUCCGUGUACCAUGGCGUCGAGAUCGCAAAGCGUUUUCGCGGAAAAGCGAGGCUGCAUUAUCUGGAUGAGACGCAUCUAAGCCUGCAGGUGAGAUACUUCAAUCAGAUCUUGGAUGACCUGGUUGCGGAGUUUUGA